CUCUCUCUCACCUUUUCAUUUUCCCGUCUUCUGCAUUGGUUUUGUACUGUUACCACCAAUAAACAGCCAAGAAUAUGAGCUAGGUGCUACAGAUCUGAGCAUAUAUACACAUAAACAGGCUUGAUUUACUUCUAGACGCCAUGGAGUCUUGUGUUCCACCUGGAUUCCGAUUUCAUCCCACUGAUGAAGAGCUAGUUGGAUACUAUCUGAGGAAGAAGGUUGCAUCACAGAAGAUCGAUCUUGACGUUAUCAGAGAUAUUGAUCUAUACAGAAUCGAACCAUGGGAUCUUAAAGACAAAUGUCGGAUCGGAUAUGAAGAGCAGAACGAGUGGUAUUUCUUCAGCCACAAAGAUAAGAAGUACCCAACUGGGACAAGGACAAACAGAGCAACCAUGGCAGGUUUUUGGAAGGCUACAGGAAGAGACAAGGCAGUUUAUCUCAAGACAAAGCUUAUUGGUAUGAGAAAAACCCUCGUAUUCUACAAAGGAAGGGCUCCAAAUGGCCAGAAAACUGACUGGAUCAUGCAUGAAUAUAGGCUUGAAUCAGAAGAAAAUGGUCCUCCACAGGAAGAAGGAUGGGUGGUAUGCCGAGCUUUUAAAAAGCGAAUCACAGGACAAACAAAGAGCAUUGAAGGGUGGGACUCAACCUACUAUUAUGAAGAACCAAGUGGCGGAAUCUCAGUUGUGGAUUCUAUUGAUUAUAUGACAAGGAAGCCCUCAAACUAUUCCCAGAAUUUCAUGUGCAAGCAAGACAUAGAAGCAAAAAAUUUAAAUAUUGUACAUUCAUCAGCUGAUCAUCAUCAAUUCGUUCAACUUCCACAGCUAGAAAGUCCGUCGUUGACAAUGAUGAAAAAACCAAGUCUGGUGUCCAUAGUAUCAGAAAAUUACAUCAAUGAAGAAGAUGAAAAGGCUAGAGUUGAAUGCAAUUCAAAAAAGAUAACUGCAGAUUGGAGAGAUCUUGACAAGUUUGUUGCUUCUCAGCUGAGCCACGGAGAUAGAUACCAAGAUGAUGCUGUUGCAAGCUUUGAAGCUCUUAAUAAUGAUUCAGAUUUGGGAUUGAUUAUAUUGCAAAGGGGUAGAGAAGAAGGAGACAAUUUAAAUCAACUUUUGAGUUCAACUUUAGAUUCAGAUAUUGGAAUUUGCUUGUAUAAUAAAUGAAGUGACUAUAUAGGAAAAAGGGUUUCAUCAUUAUAGUCAUUUUCUAUUUUGAGAGGGAGAGUGAGAUUAUAUGUAUACAUAUUUUAGUAAAUGUAUUGCUUGUGAAUGAUUAAAAGAUCGAAUUCCAAAUC